AUGGACAUCAGCAAGUACAACUAUGAGCUAAGCAAGGCGGCCAAGGAUGCGAAGAAGAAGCAGCGUGAAAACAUUACGGAGACAAAGGAACUCAAGUUCCGGCCUGGCACGGACGUGCAUGAUUACCAGACCAAGCUGCGAGCCGCGCAGAGGUUUGUGUCCAAGUCCAACAAGGUCAAGGUGUCGCUGCAGUUCCGCGGGCGCGAGAUGGACCUAAUAGACCAGGGCCACGAGAUGUGCAAGCGCAUCAUCGAGGACCUGGGGUCGGCCAUCGUCGUGGAAUCGCCCCCGAGCAUGCAGGGCCGCACCAUGAACAUGAUCCUGGGUCCCCGCAAGGAUGUCUGA